AAAAGGAAAUAACUAAAACAUCCAAAAGCAAAGAGUAGAAAGUUGGAGUUUUGAAAGACUGUUGAAAGACUCCCCCAUUUGGGGGUACUAAAUCACAUUAUAAAAUUGCAAAACUGUCAGGGUGUAAUUAACCUAUGUUGCUUCAUAUUCCUGAUGCAGCAAUUGUUUAAGGCAUGGCUUUAAAGAGGACUACAAGAGAGCUGUGAGUGGCACAUGAUGCUGUGAACCUCAGGGUGCUCGCCAGGGAAGGGCCCUACCCAGAAGGACAGAAAGAAAGCCAGGAGGGGUAGAGUUUGAAGAGAAGAUCAUGUUCUCCCUGAAGACGCUUCCAUUUCUGCUCUUACUCCAUGUGCAGAUUUCCAAGGCCUUUCCUGUAUCUUCUAAAGAGAAAAAUACAAAAAUUGUUCAGGACUACCUGGAAAAGUUCUACCAAUUACCAAGCAACCAGUAUCAGUCUACAAGGAAAAAUGGCACUAAUGUGAUUGUUGAAAAGCUUAAAGAAAUGCAGCGAUUUUUUGGGUUGAAUGUGACGGGGAAGCCAAAUGAGGAAACUCUGGACAUGAUGAAAAAGCCUCGCUGUGGAGUGCCUGACAGUGGUGAAUUUAUGUUAACCCCAGGAAACCCCAAGUGGGAACGCACUAACUUGACCUACAGGAUUCGAAACUAUACCCCACAGCUGUCAGAGGAUGAUGUAAAAACAGCUAUUGAGAAAGCCUUUGAAGUCUGGAGUAAGGCAUCACCUCUUACCUUCACCAGGAUCUCACAGGGAGAGGCAGAUAUCAACAUUGCUUUUUACCAAAGAGAUCACGGUGACAAUUCUCCAUUUGAUGGACCCAAUGGAAUCCUUGCUCAUGCCUUUCAGCCAGGCCAAGGUAUUGGAGGAGAUGUUCAUUUUGAUGCCGAAGAAACAUGGACCAAAACCUCCGCAAAUUACAACUUGUUUAUUGUUGCUGCUCAUGAAUUUGGCCAUUCUUUGGGGCUUGCUCACUCCUCUGACCCUGGUGCCUUGAUGUAUCCCAACUAUGCUUUCACGGAAACCAGCAACUACUCACUCCCUCAAGAUGACAUCGAUGGCAUUCAGGCCAUCUAUGGACCUUCAAGCAACCCUGUCCAACCUACUGGACCAAGCACACCCAAACCCUGUGACCCCAGUUUGACAUUUGAUGCUAUCACCACACUCCGUGGAGAAAUACUUUUCUUUAAAGACAAGUACUUCUGGAGAAGGCAUCCUCAGCUACAAAGAAUCGAAAUGAAUUUUAUUUCUCUAUUCUGGCCAUCCCUUCCAACUGGUAUGCAGGCUGCUUAUGAAGAUUUUGACAGAGACCUCAUUUUCCUAUUUAAAGGCAACCAAUACUGGGCUCUGAGUGGCUAUGACAUUCUGCAAGGUUAUCCCAAGAAUAUAUCAAACUAUGGCUUCCCCAGCAGUGUCCAAGCAAUUGACGCAGCUGUUUUCUACAGAAGUAAAACAUACUUCUUUGUAAAUGACCAAUUCUGGAGAUAUGAUAACCAAAGACAAUUCAUGGAACCAGGUUAUCCCAAAAGCAUAUCAGAUACCUUUCCAGGAAUAGAGAGUAAAGUUGAUGCAGUUUUCCAGCAAGAACACUUCUUCCUUUUCUUCAGUGGACCAAGAUAUUACGCAUUUGAUCUUAUUGCUCAGAGAGUUACCAGAGUUGCGAGAGGCAAUAAAUGGCUUAACUGUAGAUAACGGCUGAACCAAAAUCAAAUGUGGCUGUAUCCAUUUUCAGAACGCAGAAGGGAAGUUCAGCAUGCAUUUUCAUUACAUUGUGUCCCGCUUAGACUUUUCUCAAUAUUAAGUCAUUGUUUCCCAUCAAUGUAUCCAUUUUGCCUGUCCUCAGUGAAAAUAUGUUUGGAAUAUUCCACUGUUUGCAGAGGCUUAUUCAGUUCUUACACAUUCCGUCUUAAAUUAGUGAUUCCAUCAAAGAGAAGGAAAGUAAGCCUUUUUGUCACCUCAAUAUUUACCAUUUCAAUACUUACAUAUCUGACUUCUAGAAUUUAUUGUUAUAUUACUUGCUUAUCUGACUUCAUACAUCCCUCCGUCUCUUAAAAUGUCCUAUGUAUAUCUUCUACAUGCAAUUUAGAACUAGAUUUUGGUUAGAAGUAAGGGUUAUAAACAACCUAGACAGUACCCUUUGCCUUUACAGAAAAUAUGGUGCUGUUUUCUACCCUUGGAAAGAAAUGUGGAUGAUAUAUUUUGUGGGUUGAAUUGUGUCCUCCAUAAAAGAUAUGCUGAAGUUCUAACCCCAGGUACCUAUGAAUGUGAGCUUACCAGGGUCUUUGCAGAUGUAAUUAGUUAAGUUAAGGUGAGAUCACACUGAAUUAGGGUGGGCCCUAAAUCCAUUACGACUGUUGUUCUUAUAAGAAGAAGAGAGACAUAGCUACCUAGGGGAGGAGGACAUGUGAAGACAGAGGCAGAGAUUGGAGUAACACAUCUCCAAGCCAAGGAAUUCCAAGGACUGUAAGCCACCAGUAGAAGCUUCGAAGAGGCAAGGAAGGAUUCCCUCCAAUAGCCUUCAAGUGUGACCCUGCUGACGUCUGCAGAAUUCGGACUUCUAUCCUCCAAAACUGUGAGGGAAUAAAUUUCCUUUGUUGUAAGCCACCAAGUUUGCAGUACUUUGUUACAGCAACCCUAGACAUGAGGUACUAAACACAGUACAUCUACACAUAUGAAAAUGAAUCAACACAGACUGCAGAAGUGGAACCCUUGCUAAGGACUACUGGGCAUCUUCCCAGGAUAGCAGCCAAAAGAGAACCACCACUUCCUCUCCUGCCUCCUCCUUGCUGUCUCCUAGAGUCCAAACCCAAAUGGGCCAGUUGGAUGUGAUGUUCCUCAGUUCUCUACUUCUAUUUCCUGGGGUACUCAGGAGGGCACACAUUAUAGAUAACUUGGGUUUGCUGCAUAAAAUUCAAUGUCUCAUUAAGUUGCAUUAAACUGAGCUUAGAUGCGUAAGUUUGCUAAUGGAUGGGUUUUUUUGUUAAGAACUAUAGGAUUUAUGGGACCAUGUCUAGCGAGUCCAGAUGUCAAAAUCAUUGUAAUGUUAUAUUUGCUGUUAUUAGAAUAUAAUAUAGCUUAUUAUACAAUAAAUAUGUAGACUGUAAAAUAUAUUUCUCACUAGUACCUCCUAUUUUCUUUCUCUGUUGAAGUUUUCAAAUCCCACAGAUAAUUAAUUUGGCACCUUUAUUCUUGUUCAAAAAUUAAAAUAAUCUAUUAAAUAAGUUCAAAUUGAA